AUGGAACGAAGUGUAGAUGUGAUAUGCGACCCGAGGCUUCGAAUGCGAAUUAUCCUGAAUAUGGCGGCAACUCAAGAAGUGAGCCCAUCAGUCCCUAUUAAUCGUUAUUACCGAAGUCUGAAUGAAAUGUAUCGUGUUGCUGGCUUUUGUAUAGAAGAUAAAGAUUACGAAAGAGCAUUUAUUUAUUAUAUGCGUUUUGUGAGCUUAGCGGUCGAAAGUUUACCAAAUCACAAACAGUAUAAUGGCUUUUCGUCGGCUGAGAAAGCCAAAGCUGAAGCAGUGCUUGGGGAUGCGUUUGUGAAGGCGGAAUCGUUAAAGGAACAGCUGAAAAAGAAAUAUGAAGAAGAAGCAGUUCUAGCAAGACAGAGUGCAAAGAAGACUACCGCUGAUAAUGUAGCUGUGAUUGGAAAAAAUAUGUCGGUUCGUGAUGUUGUAGCACGUAAUCGAUUUCUUGAAAUAGUUGAUCACAAGAAAUCAGGUUCUGCAGCAGUCAUGUUCGAUAGCAGGAAUCUUGCCCAUAAGGAGGUUGUCGUUGCGGCCGACCUUGUGGAAAAUUUUGUUCAGCUAGCUCAAGUUAACACGAACCGUAAUGUAGAAACAUGUGCAAUUUUGUGUGGCUCACUGAUCACUGGUGGAGUGUGUCGUAUAACACAUGCCGUGAUACCAAAGCAAACUGGCGCUGCUGAUAGCUGUGAUACACACAACGAAGAGGAAGUAUUUGCAUAUCAAGAUGCCAAUAAUCUGAUCACUCUGGGAUGGAUACAUACUCAUCCAUCGCAGACAGCGUUCCUUUCUAGUGUUGAUCUUCAUACGCACUGUUCCUAUCAGCUGAUGUUGUCAGAAGCCGUUGCGAUCGUCGUUGCUCCUAAAUUCAAUGAGGUGGGUAUUUUUCGUUUGUCAGAACGUGGCAUGAAGGAAAUUAACGAAUGCCGUAAAGUAGGUUUUCAUCCACAUGAAAAUUCUUCAGCUCUGUUUUUUUAUUGUCAUGACAUACGUUUUGAAAAUUCGCUAACAGCAACUGUUGUUGAUUUGCGAUGA